UGUAACGCCAGACAACAAUGAAAGAUGAAAGGACACGAUGUUACGUAAUCCCGAGCAUGCCACCCGUUGCCAAAACAGGCUAGCGCGGGGAGCUUCCCGGAUCAACGAAAGGCCGAGCGCCGGAUGCUUCCUCGGUCGACGUCACGCUCGACAUCGCCGCCAUUGCCUGACAAAGAGGUCGGUGAGGAGAAAGAGAGCGCCAGAGGGAAUCCUGCAGAUUCAAAAUACUCUUGACCGUCCUUUCAAUAUCGGGUCGACACCAUUGUGUCAACGGUUUUACGGCCGCAUCAACCAUCCACGGUGCAUCACUUCGGGUCGACGUCAUUGAUAUACAUGCCAUCCGAGCACUUCCCCCAACCUUCCUGUACUUACCAGACACUUCAACCACCCCUUCUUCGCUCAAUACAAGCACCUCCCGAAUAGUCAAAAUAUCCUGUCUACCUACAAGCCACCAUGUCACAACCUGAGUACGACUAUGCGCGCCGGCCGUCGCAGGCUGAAAACCAGACCAUCC